UAGUAGACAAAAUUUCACGUGAGAGAAAAAGUAAAAACAGAAAACAAAUAAACUGUGACCACGUGAAAAAAAAUUUUUCAAAUUAAUUGUUAUUAAUAAUUAAAAUUUAAAAAAUGGGUAAGAAAAAUAAAAGUAAACAAAAAGUCAGCGGAAUCGAAAAGACCGCGAUGAAAACUGAAAAGAAAAUGAAUUCAAAAUUGAAAAAAGAACUUCAGGCAAUGGGAGAGGAUGAUAUUGAGAAAGUUGUAGCGCAGAUUGAAAAAGAAGAGGCAGCGCGUCAAAAAGUCGUUGAAGUUGUUUUAGAUCAGCCAUCAAGACGCGUCAACUUUACUUUGACUGCUCACCCGUUCAAAGAUGAGCUGGUUAUGCUUGGAGGAGAGUUCCACGACGGCCGCAAGACGACAGUUUAUGGUGACAUGUAUUUUUAUAAUUUGAAUAAAAAAACUUGGACGUUAAUAAAAGCACCCGGUGCGCCGCCUCCGCGAUGCGGGCAUCAAGCGGUAGCCAUACCCAGCAAUAAAGGCGAGCUCUGGAUGUUCGGUGGAGAAUUUUCCAGUCCGUCAGAGUCCCAGUUUUACCAUUACAAAGAUCUGUGGGUUUUCAAUUUUGGCGAAAAAAAAUGGAAGAAAGUGGUGGUGCCUAAUGGGCCUUCUUCAAGAAGUGGACACCGCAUGGUCUACUCUAAGAAACAGUUGUUUAUUUUUGGUGGUUUUCAUGAUAACGGACGCGACUUCAAGUACUACAAUGAUUUGUACAAAUUUGACUUGACAGCUUACACAUGGCAGAAAAUUAAUAUCGUCGGCUCUAUUCCACCACCAAGGUCUGGGUGCAUCGUCUUGCCUGUUUCUGAUAAUAAAAUCCUUAUUACCGGAGGCUACAGUAAAAAAAGAAUUAAAAAAGACGUAGAUAUGGGUGAAGUUCAUGAAGAUAUGUACGUUCUAAGUCCUCCAAAAGGUGAAAAUAAAGAUGGUCAAUGGAAAUCCGUUGAUGUUAAACAGUUUGGAGUUACAUUUCCUGCGCGUUGUAGCUCAUCAGCUGUCUUAGUCUCACCCACUGUAGCUUAUGUAUUUGGAGGAGUUUAUGAUGACGUAACUGUUGAAGACGAAGAAGAACUUCACGGGACAUUUUUCAAUGAUUUAUUGGCUUUGGACAUUGAGAAACGACACUGGAAAAUUGUUACAGUGACUGGUGAUAAAGAAAAAAGUAAACGAAGGCGUAGAAAAGAUGAUCCAGAUGCUAAAGACGAUGGUGAUGAUAAAGAUGACGAUGAAGAUGAUAAGGAAAAGGAAGAAAAUCCAGAACCGACUAAAGUAGUAGUCGAUGACGGAGUUUUUACGAUGACUCUUGGACCUGCUCCGGCCACACCAACGUGCUCGGUUGCCGCUGAACCAAAGACUCAAGUGUUCACACCGUCGCCGAGAAUAAAUCCUGGACUCGUUGUAAAAAAUAAUGUCCUCUAUUUGUACGGCGGGCUGUAUGAAGAUGGAGACAGACAGUACACUUUUAAUGACUUCUACAGUUUAGACCUCCAUAAAUUGAAUGAAUGGCAGACUAUUGUUCCAAAUGAUGUUUCUUCGCAAGUCUGGCUAGACUCGGAAAGUUCUGAGUCUGAAAGUGACAGCGACGACAGUAGUGACGAUGAAGAUAUGGACGUUGAUUAGAAUAUUUUUAUUAAAAUAUUAAUAAAUAAUUUUUUUAUACAAAUCUUGGGAUUUUCUCAAGCUCAUGUUUAAGAUUUUUAAUCUAGAAAUAAAUUUUAAUUUUAUUAUUA